GGCGGCGGCGGCGGCGGAGGAGGCGCUGGGGGAGCACGGGAUGCGGCCCCGAGGUGGCUGAGCCCGCACCAUGAGGAGGCGGGGGCAGCCGGGCAGAUGUGGCGCUACCGCUCCUGGGACGUCCCGCAGAUGCCCGCCGCGGGCCCCGACACCCACUGCCACCCCCACAAUGGAGACCUUCUUUAGGAGACAUUUCAGGAGGAGGGGGCCGGGGGCAGGCCUCCGGGGACAGCGGCGGGGGAGCGGGGUGGCCCUGCCCACGGGCAAGGUGCGGCGGCGCUCCCCAGCGGGCCAGCCCUCCUCCUUGCUGGCGCAGCGGCGACGCUCCAGCUCCCAGCUCCAGGGCUGCCUCCCCAGCUGCGGGCUCGGGGCUUCCUGCCACUCCAGCACCGUGCCCCCAGGCCACGGCCCCCGCUUGACCGUGGAGCCCGUCCCACCGCGGAGAUUGGCCCUGCCUGCUGGUGACGCUCCCCUCCUGGGGACCCCCGUGCCCUUUGCUGGUCUCAUGGGGAAGAGCGAAGAAGAGGAGGAAGGGGCGGAGGGCCCAGGGCCAAGGCCCCCCGGGGCGGGAGGCAGGGAGCUGGCUGGCCCCGGGCCCCGGCCGCUGGGCAUCGGGCCUCUGCUCCACAUGCCCCGAUGUCUGCGGCGACGCCGGAGGUCUUCCCACCUGCUCCCCGCUGACGUGGUGUAUGACCGGACCGUCUGGGGCCUGCACGGCUACUACCGGCGUCUCAGCCAGUACCGGCCUCCAGGGCAGCCGCUCCCCCCUGGCACCGCCAGCCCCUUCCUGCUGGGCCCCCUGCGCCCCCUGUCCCGGAGGCGGCAAGUGGCCCUGAGACGCAAGUCAGCCGGACCCGAGGCCUGGAGCGCGCUGCUCUCGAAAGCCAUUGCCAAGUCUGGCCUCCAGCAUCUGGCGCCUCCAAACCCGCCCCCCGGGGUCCCCUGCAGCGAGCCUGAAAGGCAGAUCCGGAGCACCGUGGACUGGAGCGAAACAGCCGCCUACGGGGAACACAUCUGGUUCGAGACCAAUGUGUCUGGGGACUUCUGCUACGUGGGGGAGCAGUAUUGCGUGGCCAAGAUGCUGCAGAAGUCGGUGUCUCGGCGGAAGUGCGCCGCCUGCAAGAUUGUCGUGCACACGCCCUGCAUUGAGCAGCUGGAGAAGAUUAACUUCCGCUGCAAGCCGUCCUUCCGGGAGUCAGGGUCCAGGAACGUGCGGGAGCCGACCUUUGUCCGUCACCACUGGGUGCAUCGGCGGCGCCAGGAUGGCAAGUGCCGACACUGUGGCAAGGGCUUCCAGCAGAAGUUUACUUUCCACAGCAAAGAGAUCGUGGCCAUCAGCUGCUCCUGGUGCAAGCAGGCCUACCACAACAAGGUGUCCUGCUUCAUGAUCCAGCAGAUCGAGGAGCCCUGCUCCCUGGGGGCCCACGCCGCCGUGGUCAUCCCCCCGACCUGGAUCCUGCGGGCCCGGCGCCCCCAGAACCCUCUCAAGGUCAGCAAGAAGAAGAAGAGGACGUCUUUCAAGAGGAAGUCCAGCAAGAAGGGGCCGGAGGAGGGCCGGUGGAAGCCCUUCAUCAUCAAACCGACCCCAUCCCCCCUCAUGAAGCCCCUGCUGGUGUUUGUGAACCCCAAGAGCGGAGGGAACCAGGGUUCCAAGAUCAUCCAGUCCUUCCUCUGGUAUCUCAACCCCCGGCAAGUCUUCGACCUGAGCCAGGGCGGGCCCAAGGAGGCGCUGGAGAUGUACCGGAAAGUGCACAACCUCCGGAUCCUGGCCUGCGGGGGCGACGGCACGGUGGGCUGGAUCCUCUCCACCCUGGACCAACUGCGCCUGAAGCCCCCCCCUCCUGUCGCCAUCCUCCCCCUCGGCACCGGCAAUGACCUGGCCCGGACCCUGAACUGGGGUGGGGGCUACACGGACGAGCCGGUGUCCAAGAUCCUGUCCCACGUGGAGGAGGGCAACGUGGUGCAGCUGGACCGCUGGGACCUGAGAGCGGAGCCCAACCUGGAGGCGGGGCCCGAUGACCGCGACGAGGGCGCCACUGACAGGCUGCCCCUUGACGUCUUCAACAACUACUUCAGCCUCGGCUUCGACGCCCACGUCACCCUAGAGUUUCACGAGUCUCGAGAGGCCAAUCCAGAAAAGUUCAAUAGCCGGUUUAGGAACAAGAUGUUCUAUGCUGGGGUGAGCCGGCCCUGUCCCCCAGCCCCGCCCCAGCCCCCCGGAAGGCCGACCCCACCAUGGCCCCUGGUCCUUCCCGAGAGGUGGAGGGAGGCAACCCCGGGCCCCGUGGUCCGGCCUUGGUUGGGCCCACCCCUCCCCUGCCCCCCAGGUCUGCGGGACCAGCCGGGGCCACCCGGGGCCAAUGACUUUGAGCCCCACGCGCGGCGGGUCCUCAUCUCCUUCCCAUCCAGACCUCUCCUGGCCCCUCCUACUGGGCUCCCUGACCUCUGGCCCACCCCUGACUCCUCCCUCUGCCUCCCCCUCCACAGCCAGCAGCCUGUCCCCGAGCAGCUACGCAUCCAGCUCCGCAGGGUCAGCAUGCACGACUACGAGGCUCUGCACUAUGACAAAGAGCAGCUAAAGGAGGCCUCCGUUCCACUGGGCACCGUGGUGGUGCCGGGGGACAGCGACCUGGAGCUCUGCCGGACCCACAUCGAGAGGCUGCAGCAGGGGGAGCCCAAUGGAGCCGGAGCCAAGGCUUCAUCAGGCCAGAAACUGUCCCCCAACUGGUGUUUCCUGGAUGCAACCACGGCCAAUCGAUUCUACAGGAUAGAUCGGGCCCAGGAGCACCUCAACUACGUGACGGAGAUCGCCCAGGACGAGCUCUACGUGCUGGACCCUGAGCUGCUGGGCAGGCCCGCCCUCGAGGCUCCCCAAAGCCCCGGCCCCACCUCUCCACCUCCCCCGUCCCCCAGGCCCAGACCAGAUCAAGGGGAUGCGAUGCCCCCAAAAGGUGAAAGCUUGAUAGAAGCUGCUGAGAACAAUGACUUCUGUAAGUUCCAGGAGCUCCACCGAGCUGGGGGGGACCUCAUGCUGCGGGACGAGAGGGGCCGCACCCUCCUGCACCACGCCGUCAGAGCGGGCAGCAAGGAGAUCGUCCGCUACCUCCUGGAGCACGCCCCAAUGGAAAUCAUUGAUGCUGUGGAAGAGAAUGGGGAGACAUCUUUGCACCAGGCAGCUGCCCUGCGCCAGCGAACCAUCUGCCACUACAUCGUGGAGGCCGGAGCCUCUCUCAUGAAGACCGACCUGCAGGGCGACACCCCAAGGCAGCGGGCAGAGAAGGCCCAGGACAAGGAACUGGCCGCCUACCUAGAAAACCGGCAGCACUACCAGAUGAUCCAGAGAGAGGACCAGGAGACGGCCGUGUAGCCGGUGACCCCGGGAUCUUCCCCUGCUCCAGGACCGGGAUGGGGGUGCGGCAGGGGGGCCAGCCCCCGGUCCCACUUGUUCACACUGCUACAUUCCACCGGGCCGUGGGGGCGGCCGGCGCCGUGGGGGGACCCCGCCUGGGGAAGGAGCCCCAUGGCUGACCGGGCCUCCAGGGAGGACCACAGAGACGGACUCGGAGAGCCCCUGCACCCCCAUCCUGUGCAUGCUUCUGUUACCUGGCUUUUGAGCCCCGGGCUCUAUCCUGGAGGCCCCAGCCUCCGCCCCCACCCACACAGAGGGAGGAAAGUUGCCUCGAGAGCCAAUGACCUGCCCACGGUAGCCAAGCUGUGGGCCAUGACUGUGCCCGGACCGGCCACUGACCCUGGGAGGAAGGGAGACGCCGGGGCUUGGGGGAGAGGGAGCCUGGACCUGAAGAGAUGGAGCCAGAGGCCAGGGCCCUCCAGAAGCCCCUCCCUGGGGGAGCCGGGCUCCGCCUCCCCCACCCCUCGCACGCCACCCUCCACAUUUCACAACAAGGGGGGGGAGAUCCAUCCUGCACAGGGGGGUGGGGGGUGCCCCGGGAAGCUGGUCACGGUGUCAUGUUUACAGCCCAGCUGGGUGUAACUCAGUAAAGUGGAUGUUUUUUUUUCCUAA